AUGGAUAAAAUACCAAUGUUGGAUACUUUUACUGCUGAGGAUAUUAAAUUUUUAGCUGAAUAUGAAUUAAUAACGAUUGAACCAUUUUUUAAGGCGAAUACAUUUUCCCUUUCAGGAAUUGAGUAUGGACCCUUUGAUCCUCCAAAAAGGAACAAUAUACCUAUUUGGGUAGCUUUAACAUUAAAAUCUCAAAGACUAUGUAAAAUCAUCUCUCCUUCAUGGCUCACCGUUGAUUCAGAAACAAAGGAAACAAAAUUUAGCGCGGUCCCGUUUUAUUAUGCUGAAAUUUCAAGAAUGUUAUUGCAAUCUGCCGAAGACGAUUUAAAAUCCCCCGGUGAACUUCGUAUGUUAUUACAACAACUUAAAGAGAAAAGAGAAAAUAAAAUUAGAAUAGGUUUGGCUAAUCUAGAACCUAUUCCACACAAAAUAAAUAAUAUUAGCGCCCGCGAAAUCCACAUUAUGCGUCCCACAUUUUCCAUGUUAUUUGAUUCUUUACAUAGGAUACAAGAAACUACUAUUAAACGUCCAUCCGGGCAAAAUCUUAGUGAAACAACUAGAAGAACUGCUGAUAGAAUUAGCAGUCAAGCCUUGGAUUUGAUGGAUAUUGAGGGUGAAAUUGCUGAUUAUGGUGAUUUGGGCGAUUUUAUGAUAUAUGAUUAG